AUGCCACCAGGCGGAGGUGGCGGAGCGCCUGGAGCCCUUGGUGGUGCUGGGGGACCUGAUGCCCGUCCUCCAGGAGGUGGUGGAGGCGGGGGAGCACCUGGAGCCCUGGGUGGUGCCGGGGGGCCUGAUACACGUCUUCCAGGGGGAGGUGGAGGUGGCGGCGCACCCCCGCGUCCUCCAGGAGGUGGUGGAGGCGGCGGAGCACCUGAAGCCUUUGGUGGUGCUGGGGGACCUGAUACAUGUCUUCCAGGGGGAGGUGGAGGUGGUGGUGCAGCCCCACGUCCUGCAGGAGGGGGCAAAGGAGGUGGAGCAAACCCCUGUUCUCCAUAAAGAGGUGAUGUUGUUGGCACAGAACUCACCCUUCCUCCAGGAGGAGGUGGUGGAGGAGGUGGAGGUGGAGGCAGUGGAGCUCCCUUGCAUGUUCCAGUAGUUGGAACUUGAGCACCAAUCUCUCCUCUGGGAGGUGGUGGCGGAGGAGGUGGAACACCAAUCCCUCCUCUAGGGGGUGACGGGGGAGGAGGUGGAACACCACUUCCUCUAGGAGGUGGUGGCGGAGGGGGUGGAGCACCAAUCCCUCCCCUGGGAGGUGGUGGCGGAGGAGGUGGAGAACCAAUCCCUCCCCUGGGAGGUGGCGGGGGAGGAGGUGGAACACCACUUCCUCCUCUAGGAGGUGGUGGUGGAGGGGGUGGAACACCACUUCCUCCUCCAGGAGGUGGUGGCGGAGGAGGUGGAGCACCAUUUCCUCUGCUAGGGGGUGGGGGUGGUGGUGGCGGAGGUGGAGCACCAAUCCCUCUUGGAGGUGGAGGUGGUGGCGGAGGUGGAGCACCAAUUCCUCUUGGAGGUGGUGGAGGAGGAGGAGGUUGUGGCGGAGGUGGAGCACCAAUCCCUCUAGGAGGUGGUGGAGGAGGAGGAGGUUGUGGCGGAGGUGGACCACCAAUCCCUCUAGGAGGUGGUGGUGGAGGAGGUGGAGGUUGUGGCGGAGGUGGACCACCAAUCCCUCUAGGAGGUGGUGGUGGAGGAGGUGGAGGUGGUGGCGGAGGUGGAGCACCAAUCCCUCUAGGAGGUGGUGGUGGAGGUGGAGGAGGUGGAGGUGGUGGCGGAGGUGGAGCACCAAUCCCUCUAGGAGGUGGUGGUGGAGGAGGUGGAGGUGGUGGCGGAGGUGGAGCACCAAUCCCUCUUGGAGGUGGUGGUGGAGGAGGUGGAGGUUGUGGUGGAGGUGGAGCACCAAUCCCUCUUGGAGGUGGUGGCGGAGGUGGAGCACCAAUCCCUCUUGGAGGUGGUGGUGGAGGAGGUGGAGGUUGUGGUGGAGGUGGAGCACCAAUCCCUCUUGGAGGUGGAGCACCAAUCCCUCUUGGAGGUGGUGGCGGAGGUGGAGGGAGGUGGUGGUGGAGGAGGUGGAGGUUGUGGUGGAGGUGGAGCACCAAUCCCUCUAGGAGGUGGUGGUGGAGGAGGUGGAGGUGGUGGCGGAGGUGGAGCACCAAUCCCUCUUGGAGGUGGUGGUGGAGGAGGUGGAGGUUGUGGUGGAGGUGGAGCACCAAUCCCUCUUGGAGGUGGUGGUGGAGGAGGUGGAGGUUGUGGUGGAGGUGGAGCACCAAUCCCUCUAGGAGGUGGUGGAGGUGGUGGCGGAGGUGGUGGCGGAGAUGGAGUGCCAAUCCCUCUAGGAGGUGGUGAUGGAGGAGGUGGUGGUGGUGGCGGAGGUGGAGCACCAAUCCCUCUAGCAGGUGGAGGUGGAGGUGGAGGUGGAGGCGGAGGAGGUGGUGAAGAUGGAGAUAGAGGAGAUUGAGAGUGAGCAUCUCCAUGUACUCUAGUAAGAGGUGGUGGAGGUGGUGGAGGUGGUGGAGAUGGGGAACAUGGAGAUGAAGAUGAAUACAGAGCAGCCCCAUGCACUCUAAAAGGUGGAGGUGGAGGCGGAGGUGGAGGUGGUGGAGAUGGCGAUGCAGAUAGAGAAGAAGACAGAGCAAUCCCAGGUGCCUUAAAAGGAGGUGGUGGAGGUGGUGGAGGUGGAGGAGACAGAGCACCCCCUUGUGCUUUAAAAGGAGGUAGAGGAGGGGGAGGGGGUGGUGGAGAUCGAGAUGGGAUACAGCCAUUCACCCUUAAGGGAGGAAGAGGUGGUGGUGGUGAAGAAGAAGCUGGAGAUGGAGGACCAUCGUGUGGUCUAAAAGGAGGUGGAGGUGGAGGAGGUGGCGGAUGUUGUAGAGGUGGAGGAGAUGGAGACAAAGCAACCCCAUGUACUACUUUAAAGGGAGGCGGAGGUGGUGGAGGAGGAGGUGGUCGAGAUUGA